UUUUCCUGCUGCAUCGCACAUUUGGCGAUAUCAUCACAUUUGCUCGUUUUUCCGCGUCCAUGCGCCGUCGCGACUGGCAUCCCCCAUAGCGGCACUGUUUUGCUGGUAUUGCAGCGCUGUAACAGGGAAGGAACAGUGGACCCACUCCGGGCCACCGCGCCUUCCUUCAGUGACGAUAUAGGUGCUACUGCCCCACCCUAGAGCUCCUUUACAGCAGCCAGACGCGCCCAUAGGACUGGCCACGCGCGCGCUGCCUCAGGUCGCGAGUCUAAUCGAUUAGAGGUUCGGGCAACAGGAGUAGGUUCGGUCCCGAACUUGAAACCUGGGCUGAUAGAAUUCGCUUUUCGCGCCGCUCUCGCGGUUGCACCUCCUUCAAUACCUUCCACAACAUCGCCACUCCUGUCUCUCCUCCAUUACCGGUUGAGACCCCCCUCUUCGACGCACGACGGGAACAAGAGGGCGUCCGGUUCGCCCACGAGCUGUACAUUGCCAUCCGAAACCAGCACUUCAUGCGCGAUUGCCACUGCCCUGUGCCGACCAUCUACACAUCCAAAGAGGCCGCACUUGCUGCUACUGGUCAUAUCCGAUUCUACAUUGCGGACGAGAACCCAUCCAAGCUGUCUGUCCUUCAACAACCCGCUGAUCCGCACUGGCAUUGCGUGUGCCGCGACUCGGACAACUACUGGCCAGUUUACCAAGAGCUACUCAGCCGGCAACACGAGCCCCGUCUUAACGACAACGGAAAGCGCGUUGCGGAGGUUGGCGAGCUGGAGCUCAUCUCUGAGAACGUUGAGCACAAGGCGGUGGAACGGGUCCUGCCUGCAGCAGUUGAUGAUAGUACGCCAGAGCAAGAGCCAGCGCCAUCGUCCGAAACGCCCAUGGAAAGCUCCUGGAUGAACCCUUUUGCCCUCGCUACUCGGGCCCUGAUCACGAUGGCCACCCCAUUCACUGCUGUCCGGAAUUUCAUCUCUGGAUUUUUCCCGGGUGAAACCCACUACGACAUCGUUGACACACGAAAAGUCGACGAUGCCAACGGCACCGUGUCAGUCAAGAGAUUGAAACGACACUGUACGCCUUCGACCGAUGCAUACUCUAACGAGCUCCCGGGUUUUUCCUGGGCCGACGACGCAAUCUCGUAUGUCGGACGAGAUGCGCUCGACCACAUCGGCAAUGUCUUCCACCAUCGCAUCGAUUUAAUUAGUCGCUCCCUGGUCACAUACAGCCACUCACUCGAAGACAUCAGGAGGAAUUUCGACCCCAACAAAGGAGAAGACCUCCAACUCAACAUCGCAAUGCACAAACUAAUGACCGACACUCCAAGUAUUGGGCCUGUGCUUCCUACCGACAGCACAAAGAAACGGGAAUGGAGAUACAAGGAGGCACGAAAGUUGUACCUCGAUGGCGCCUGCACAGCCUACGAGCUGAUGCAGGACAUUUACAUUCAGCAUAACCUUGAUGCGUACAGAGUGUUGUUUCCCAAACCACCGCGAACAAUCGCUUAUGGAGAAGACACCAAGCCGGAGAAGAACACCAGGUCAUUGCACGAGAAGGCCAGAGUGGCCGCCGAGUUUAUCUCAUGGGUGCUGCGAAACCACAUGCACGGGAUGGAAGGUUUCGAAGAAGCUUUAUCAAAGGUCUUCGUGGAUGCCAAUGCCAUCCACAAGCGCGAAAUCAUACCCAGCUAUAUCAAGCCCACGGAAAACGAAUCAUCCUCCAUUCCUGGAACCUUCCCUACCGGCCCGGACGCCGCUUUCGAAGAUGUCCCUAUCGACGAUCUCAGUUUUGCGUAUAGGUGGGAAUUCAAAUAUCCCUCAUCUGAUGAAGAGGACACGGAACGUGCAUCAAUCAAUGCCAAGGAGUUUCGACCUGUACUGGAACCCAAAAGCAUCCUCAAAAAGCCCAAGAAAUGGCCGACUCCUGAAUCGCCAACAAAGUAUGUCGCCACCCCCAAUAGAAAGAAAAGACUCGACUUUGUUGCGCCUGUGGCGAGCUACGCGCCGCCUAAAGAAGUACCUGUGCAAGUGAUGAGCCUUAAAGAUGCCAUCAAUGUGCAGUGGCACCAUCCUACCGAAAGCUACGUCCAUGACCGCGAAAAUAGCGCGAACCGGAACGCAGAACCAACCACCAGAGACCUUCAUCGUUUCGCAAAGGUUGACAAAAGCAGAAGCUUUACCGUCUCGGAUAUGACCAGAUGGACAGAAAAGGAGGUCGAAAGAGAUGACGCGGAAAUGGGACUCCGAGUUCACGAGACCAAAUAUGGUCCUUUUCUCAGUGAAAUCCGGCAAGAAAUGUUGGAAAACUUUCAGGCGAGCGGCGCUCAGGAACACCCAAAGCCGGAGCUUGGCAUCGAGGACCGCAAACAAAUUCUGCAACGAAUGCGACGUGAAAGGAACGAAAAGACAGCUCAAGGGGCACGUGGGGAGAAGAAAUCAAUUCUCGAUCGUUUUUUUCGAAAGGCCGAGCAAGAAGAUAUCGGGGCUACGGAGGGAGCUGUCUCUGGACCAUCUCGAAUCGAAUCCAACCCUUCGGUGGAGCAGGCCUCAGCAACCAGUCAGGUCCAGCAGUCAGCGGCUGACGAUGACCUCGCAAUUGCCACCAAAAAGCUCGAGGAUUUGGAGGUUAGUCGUCAACUGGCCCACGAGUGGGAGAAUGGAAUUCGCCGCGAUAUCGAGGAGCGGCACAGAGAGGCCGAAAGACUGCACAAAGAAGCAGAGCGAAAACGGCGGGAAGAGCAGCGGCGACAAGAACAGGAAAGCAGGAGGCGCCGUGAAGAGGAAGAUCAAGCCUCGCGGACCGGUCUGCGCGUACCCAAACGCCCCCUGAUCGGAAGCUUGAGCAACGAUUGGGAGAAGAAAGUCUCCAAUGUCCUCUAUGCCAACUCUUCCGCGGAACUCGCAAAGAUGCUGGACGGGCAGCCCCUCACGAAGCGAGAUUUUGUUGAGAAGCUGCUGGAGCCUCAAGCCUGGCUCAACGACAACGUCAUCAUUGGCAGUAUUUCCCAUAUUGCUAAUGCCGUCAAUAAAUCGGCAGGGGCCAAAGACUCCGACCCCAAAUGUGCAGCUUUCACGUCGUACUUUUGGCCACGGCUUGUUGAUGCUGGGCCGAGCCAGUGCGGGCGCCUGAUGCGCCGUGCAGGUGUCAGGAAGAACAACUUUUUCGACAUCGACACGAUACUCAUUCCGAUUUGCGACGGCGCACAUUGGACAUUGGCGGUUGUACGGCCGGGGAAGCGGACCGUAGCGCACCUAGACUCGAUGCGAGCGGGCGCCGGUGACAAAGAAAUCAAAGAAAAACUGCUUGAAUGGGUCAGAGUCACACUUGAGGACAAAUGGGUCGCGUCAGAAUGGUCGGCCAUUGACUACGAAGCUCCACGUCAAACCAACGGGUACGACUGUGGCGUCUUCACCAUCACGAAUGCUCUUUGCAUUGCGCUUGGGCUUAAUCCCAAGAAGUCAUAUACUGCAGGGCAGCUCACGCUGCAGAGACGGAGGUUGGCUGCGGUUCUACUCAAUGGAGGUUUUACGGAUGAUUUUUCGUUGGAUGGAUUUUGAUUUGAUUCGGGGCACUUUGUUUUGGACACGGCUAGGUAGAGAAAAGGGAGGCGUUAUCGAGCAUACUUAUGGCGUUUAUAUGUUGUCGAGGUUGGUUGUUUGUGUUCGUUUGAUUGUCAGGCUUGGGAGUGCAGCAUUUGUAUACAUUGAGGAAUGAGCCGGGAGUCGGACGGUUGCCUUCAGCAUAGUUAUGUGGCGUUUUCGCUUGCACGUUGGUUCUUUCUACUUCUCGAUUCUGGAAUACAGCAUUGUUAGCUUAGAGAUCAAGUAGAGACUAUUCUGUCGGUUCAAGGGUAUACCAAUAACAUUACCAUGG